AUGAAGUAUAAGGAUGAAAAGGAAGACGCGAACGUGAAGUAUAAGGAUGAGAAGGAAGACGCGAACUUGAAGUAUAAGGAUGAGAAGGAAGACGCGAACGUGAAGUAUAAGGAUGAAAAGGAAGACGCGAACGUGAAGUAUAAGGAUGAGAAGGAAGACGCGAACUUGAAGUAUAAGGAUGAGAAGGAAGACGCGAACGUGAAGUAUAAGGAUGAGAAGGAAGACGCGAACGUGAAGUAUAAGGAUGAGAAGGAAGACGCGAACGUGAAGUAUAAGGAUGAGAAGGAAGACGCGAACGUGAAGUAUAAGGAUGAGAAGGAAGACGCGAACGUGAAGUAUAAGGAUGAGAAGGAAGACGCGAACUUGAAGUAUAAGGAUGAGAAGGAAGACGCGAACGUGAAGUAUAAGGAUGAGAAGGAAGACGCGAACGUGAAGUAUAAGGAUGAGAAGGAAGACGCGAACUUGAAGUAUAAGGAUGAGAAGGAAGACGCGAACGUGAAGUAUAAGGAUGAAAAGGAAGACGCGAACGUGAAGUAUAAGGAUGAAAAGAAAGACGCGAACGUGAAGUAUAAGGAUGAAAAGGAAGACGCGAACGUGAAGUAUAAGGAUGAAAAGAAAGACGCGAACGUGAAGUAUAAGGAUGAGAAGGAAGACGCGAACGUGAAGUAUAAGGAUGAGAAGGAAGACGCGAACGUGAAGUAUAAGGAUGAGAAGGAAGACGCGAACGUGCAGUAUAAGGAUGAGAAGGAAGACGCGAACGUGAAGUGUAAGGAUGAGAAGGAAGACGCGAACGUGAAGUAUAAGGAUGAGAAGGAAGACGCGAACAUGCAGUAUAAGGAUGAGAAGGAAGACGCGAACGUGAAGUAUAAGGAUGAGAAGGGAGACGCGAACGUGAAGUAUAAGGAUGAAAAGGAAGACGCGAACGUGCAGUACAAGGAUGAGAAGGAAGACGCGAACGUGAAGUAUAAGGAUGAGAAGGAAGACGCGAACGUGAAGUAUAAGGAUGAAAAGAAAGACGCGAACGUGAAGUAUAAGGAUGAAAAGGAAGACGCGAACGUGCAGUAUAAGGAUGAGAAGGAAGACCCGAACGUGAAAUAUAAGGAUGUGAAGGAAGACGCGAACGUGAAGUAUAAAGAUGAAAAGGCAGAUGCGAACGUGCAGUAUAAGGAUGAGAAGGAAGACGCGAACGUGCAGUAUAAGGAUGAGAAGGAAGACGCGAACGUGAAGUAG